CCGUCUCCUCCGUCCGCUGCUCCACAUGUAAUUGGACACCUCGGGAAGGCAUUUGAACGUGCUCUUGGCAGCAGCUCUACUUGUUUGUCUCGGAGGAAAAAUGGAAAGCGCUAGAAGAAACAAUACUUGUGCCCCUCUCAAUGUGUACGAACAGCAGAGGAAUGCAAACAUUGCAAUUGUUGAUGCGAAGCUAAAAUCUCUUAAUAUCCCUAGGCUCACAAAAGAGUUGAAGGAUCAACCUAAGAAAAGGAAAAAGAGAACUCACACAGUUGUUACUGAAACUGAAGCCCAUAAUUUGCGUCCAAGGCCACCAAGAAAUUCAGUUGAGAAUGCAACUGAGGAGAUUGAUGAAGAUCUGGAUUGUGAAACAACUGGGGACUUUUUAUGUCCCAAUGAAGAUAUUCCACGCAAGAAAUUGGAGGGAGGGGUAUCACUAGAAUGGAAGAAGUAUUUGCAAGGACACCUGAUAUGGCAAAAGUGAAAGUGGAUCUUAAUGAAUUUGAUCAGCCUGUAGGGUCACGUGCUAGGGAGCUUGCUAGUGUUAUUGGUUGUUUGGUGAGGAAGAUAUCAGUUCAGUGCUCUGAUUGGAGGCUUGUUGAUAUUAAAAAGAAGGAUGCACUUUGGAAAGAAAUAAAGGUUCGCACGAAAACUGCCAAAGCAAAUCGUGCUAAGUUGGCCAUACAUCAUACAUCAGGCACCAAGAGCUUUGCUCGUGCUAGACAUGAAUUGGGUCGUUUGCUACAACGCCCUCCUCGACGAGAUGAAGUAUAUAUUAAAACUCAUACAAGAAAAAAUGGUGUUCCUACAAAGAAUGCAGAACCAAUCAUUAACAAACUUAAAGAAAUUGUUGAAGCCUGCCCGGAGUUGAAGGAAAGAACAAUUGAACAGGGCGAUGCACUUGCUGCUGCUUGUGGUGCAAAGGAGCCAAGAGGGCGUGUACGAGCUUUGGGUCUAGGACCAACUCCUCAAGAUAUCGGCGUAGCAGGAUUGAAGUGUUACCAAUCUACAAGAUUUCAAAUGGAAGUUUUGGCCCGUAAAGAAGCUGAACAACGCAUAGCUGAACUAGAAGAGCAAAUGAAAAGGCAAGAGGAAAGGCAUGCAGAGGAAAGGCAAAAUUUUAUGGAAGUCAUGUCACAUAAUGGUUCUAAUUCACGCCAACAUGUGAGCCCAAGGUCUAUAGAAAAUAUUGAUGCACAUCAUCAUGAUGCUCAUUUUGAAGAAGAUGCAGAUUGCGGAGAUAAUGAAGAUCAUGAAGAAUGUCCCGAGGAAGAUGGAUACUUGUUUGUACGGAGGCAUCUUGCAGCCCAAGUUAUGCACUUUCAUCAACAUAGCCCCACUAGUGCAGCCAAUACAGUACAGACCCAUGCAACCUCACCCCAUCAAUGCACCCCCAAUGAUACAACCCUUGUUACGCAGCGCCAUGCAUUCUUCUCUGGUAAACGCUUCGCCAACAAUGCAGCCCCUACGGUCCAGCACGGUGCAACACAUGAAGAUCAGCCCCAUGCAACCUCAUCCCGUCAUUGUAUCCCCGACAAUGUUCUUCCUGCAGUCCAGCCCGAUGCAACCCAUGAAGUGCAACCCGAUGCAGCAAAACAAGCAAAACACGUGCAACCCCAUGUUGGAAUGAAUGUGAUAUUAUAUGAAGUGGUGAGAUCCAAUGCACGUGUGGCUCUCGGAACAAUUGUUUCAACAAAUCCUAAAACCAUUAUUGGAGGUGUAGCACUUGGAAAGCAAUAUUGUGAAGUUAUUGUUAAUCAUGUGCUGAAAAGGGAUGCAGCUCUGCCUCGCACUUAUCCUGGUGUCGAAAAGAUGGCUGAUGCUCAUAAGUUGUCGAUUGCAUGGCCAUACAACAGAGUUAAGCAGCAGGCAUCAAAAUUGCCUCAAGCUAUUUCAGAAGGGAGAGAGAAGAGCUAGAACUCAGGUGGGCAGUCUAUAUGUGACUUCUACCUUUUUCUAUAGAGGUGGAGGGUGGCCUUUUGGAGGUGUACAUGAUGCAUGCUGGAUAAUGACACCAGGAAGCCAACAUGACAUUUUGCUUUUGAUGAGAUAGAGAUGAGGCAUUUUGUAAUCAAUCUAGUUACAUUGUGCAAGCAAACAUAUGACUUGUGCUUGCCAUUUGACCUAGCUAGGUUGUAUGUGUGCGUGUCCUUUUGUAAUGAUGACAUAUCAUGUAUCAAGAUGAUCUAGAACUUGAUCUAUUGCUAAAUGUUGGCUUCAAUGAAGACUUGAGAGAUACCUUUAUCUAAUAUAAUGUGGUUAGUGUUGUGGG